AUGGAGAAGAACACUGGUAAACUUGCGAGAAAUGCUGAAUGGAAGGUACGGGCGCCGGGAAUCGACGACAGGCUGAACUCCUUACCGGACGAGAUCAUUUCCCACAUCCUCUCAUUCCUUGAGACCAAGUUCGCCGUCGGAACCGCCGUUCUGAGUCGCCGGUGGAAGGAUCUCUGGACUAUGGUAUCGAAUCUCGAUUUCAACAACCGCCUGACUUACAAGGAUCUGAUCGGCUCCGGCGACGCUGAUGACUCUCUGCCAGAAGAGACGGAAGAGAGAAAGGCAGUGAGAUUCUUCGGCUUCGUCGAGAGGGUUCUGAGGCAGCACAGCAAUCUGGAUUCUCUAGGCCGUUUCCGCUUCCAUUUUUCAGCAUCAGAAGGUAACUGCAAGGUGAUGCAAGGUUGCUUGGAUAAGAUGGAAUUGGUGUUUGGCUCUCAGAUUGAGGCAAUUGAGUGGUGGGUUUGGGACGCAACGCGAUUUAGGAAUCUCCCAUCUAUAUGGCGGCUUCCAGAGAGCUUCUACACUUUGAAGAAUCUUAAAGAUGUGAAUCUCCACCAUGUUAUAAUGGGUGCGGACGGGCCAGUUUCUCUUCCUAGUCUGAAAAACUUGAACCUUUGGAAAGCCAAAUUUACAGACUUUGACUCAUUAAGCAGGCUCACUUCCGGUUGCCCUGUUCUAGAGACACUUUGUCUGGAGUAUUGCGCCGUAGUAGAUGCGAAUGAGAACGAUUUUCUCAUUGCUUCCAUGCCAUCCUUGAGAAACUUGAGGAUCGUUGGUUUAGGCAAUGAUGGUUAUGAGGACUUGUGCCCCAUUGCGAUGGAAGCACCAAUGCUUACGGAUCUUUAUCUCGAGGAUUUCAGCGAGUUACAGUUCCUGGGCAGUAGUGGUCCAUUGCCAUGCCUUUGUUCAGCUCGAGUUGACACUAAUGAGGGAGGAGGCUCGUACGAUAGCCUGAUAAGGUUACUCACCCAAAUCUCCAAUGUGAAGGAAAUGUGCUUAGACCGGAAAACACUUGUAAUGAUCAGUUUCCCAAAGUACACUAUUCUCUUUUUCGUUUCUGCAGGGAGCUGA